GCGAGGCGGGGGGCGGGGGUGCCCACGGCUGGGGCUUUCUCGUCCUACCCUGGACUCUCAGGCUCCAAUUGGAGGAAUGACAUCAGCUCCACAGAGAUCAGGAAACACUUGAGGUAUCAAAGAGGCUGUUGUUUGGUGGCAGGUCCCCUCCCCCAGCCGGCCGGUGCGAGAGGUCUAGCAGGGCCUGGGCAGCUUCAGGGAGCGGCAGUGACUCCCCAGGCCCAGAGGCCUCUGGGAUGUUAACCCCAGCUCGCUUCUCUCUCCUGCCUUUCUCCCGCCCCCUCCUCCUCCUCCUCCUCCUGCCUUUCCCUGCAGAUCUCUGGUGAGCAGCCCCCAGCCUGGCCUAGGGCAUGCCCCAGUUCACUUUCGCUUGCUUCUGUGGCCUCCACGGUUUCUGCAGGAUGAAGAGGAAGAAGGAGGAAGUUCACAGAGAGCGGGAAACGGCGGUGUGAGCUGACCCAGGGCCGUUUCUUCAGUCCCCAGCGGGUCCCAGGCCUGGGGUGCCUACUUCUGGCUGAGGCUUGGAGCAGGACACUCUUCUCAGGCCACCUGGCCACCUGGCCACCUGAUUCCAUCUAA